UACGCAGAUACAGUCGUUUCCCGUCCUCGACGGAAUAUUGUCACCGCCUCCGGCUGACGCGAAUCCUUCUUCCAUGGAUGACCAAACUCCGAAGAAUCCUCCUCCCACCGACGGAGCGGCGGAGGAGAUGGAUGGUGAUCAGUCUUCUGCUACCAUGGUCGACCUAACCAGCUUCCAGCUCCACGAUCUCACCUCCGUCGAGCUGCCGCCGACGCUCACCGAAUUAGACCUCACUGCCAAUCGCUUGUCCAGCUUGGACCCCAGGAUCGCCCACCUCUCUAACCUCACCAAGCUCUCUCUCCGUCAGAACCUCAUCGACGACGCCGCCGUCGAGCCCCUCUCCAAUUGGGACCUCCUCUCCGGCCUCGAGGCAAACCCCUCCUUCUUCUUCUUAGUCCUUAAUUAAAUUGAUUGAUUGAGUAUCCCGCCAUUGAUUAACUUGAUUUUGUCGAUUAAUUAAAUUUUCAGGAACUAGUGCUCAGAGAUAAUAAGCUUGGAAAAAUCCCUGAUGUCGCCAUAUUCAAGAAGCUCUUGGUUUUCGACGUAUCGUUCAACGAGAUCCAUUCUGCGCAAGGGUUGUCCAAGCUCUCUUCCACGCUUAGAGAGCUCUACGUCUCCAAAAAUGAGGUUCCUAAGAUGGAGGAGAUUGAUCAUCUCUUUCAGUUGCGAAUUCUUGAACUUGGUUCUAACCGACUGAGGGUAAUGGAGAAUAUUGAAAAGCUGACAAACUUGGAGGAGUUAUGGCUUGGAAGGAAUCGUAUUAAACAGGUUAACCUUUGUGGAUUGAAAUGCAUCAAGAAGAUAAGUUUGCAGAGCAAUCGUUUGACUUCCAUGACGGGGUUUGAGGGGUGUGUUGCAUUAGAGGAACUGUACUUGAGCCAUAAUGGUAUUGAGAAAAUGGAAGGCCUAUCAACCUUGGUUAAUCUCCGUGUACUUGAUGUAUCGUCUAACAAGCUCACUUCUGUUGAUGACAUUCAGAAUCUGCCAAAGCUAGAAGAUCUAUGGCUCAAUGACAACAGAAUCGAGUCUCUUGGAAGCAUUUCUGAUGCUGUUGCUGGCUCGAGAGAGAAACUGACCACAAUCUACCUGGCAAACAAUCCAUGUGCAAACUCUCCUGACUACUGUUCUACAUUGAAGCAGAUUUUCCCAAACAUUCAGCAAAUUGACUCCAAUGUGUAUGGUUGAUCUGCGGCUAGUGGAAAGACGGAUUUUCCAGCAAGAGUCCUAAGUUAUGCUUAUGGGCUACGGGAUGGCGCAGCCUGUUCUUAUUAGCAACCAACAAAUCACCAUGUUGGUCUGGGUUUGCAGGUCACCUGACCUCCCAGUUUUUUGUUGGGAGGAAAACAAUAGUUGACAUUGUUGAUUAUUACAUGGAGCUAGCUGUCGUGAAUCAACUCCUGCUCUAGAUUAUAUAUUCGUCUGUGCUUCUGAUUAUCAUUUUUUUUUUUUUUUUUUGCUUCAACGAUCUGCUCUAUGUGACAUUUCUUGGUUGUCCUUUCCUCAGAAGAGGUCGAAGUUUGAGAUGUAUGAAUUCCUUGGCCACUGAACUUAAUCCUUUCACUGUUAACGGGUUGGGGCAAUGCUUGCUGACGCAUGGUGGAGUAGUUUAUAGAGAGUUCUUAAAGUGGGUGAAGGUUGCCUUUUGUAGUGCAUUUAGGAGGAAAUGGUAUUUGUGUUUUGAUCAUUCGAUCAUAUUUGCUGCAACUUUGCAAACUUUCUGCACUGGAUUUGGUCACGCAAAAGCUCAAAACGCAUAAAAACAGUUACAUCGC